CAGGCCAGGCUCUGUGUUGGUGCACCAGCAGCGCUGUUGUGCUUUCUUUCUUCUUCCUUUACACCCUCCUACUUCUUUCACUCCAUCCUACUCACCACUCAUUCCAUAAUCAUUUCUCCUCAUGAUGCUUGGGUUAGUCGCCAUUUUCCUGGUCACUGAUCCGCCGUAACCAUGCUGGUCCAACCAGUUACUGUCCAAGUGAUUUCGAUAUUUGUUUGAGGCCACCUGUGCACAGAACCGGUCCCACAAGAAAUGUUUCUCCCGGCGCAGAGCAGGGUACAGAUUGCGAUGGUGUUUCACAGUUUUCCUGUGUUGGCGUUUCUCGCUCUGUUGGCGGCCCCAGCAUCGGCGGUAAGAGGCGCCUUGGAGCUGGGCGAGCUGAGCUUGGAACGCCACGAUGGAGCCCAGGCUGACAACAAAACGAUCGCAGCGGGUCAGGGAUACGCGCCUCUGCCGCACGACUCGGCGGCGCCCGUCUCGAACGUCAGCGCGCACGAUGAUGUCAUGCCACCUUCCACCGAGAAGUGGGCCGAGGGCCGCAAGAAGUCUUUCUCCGCAGAGUUUCUGUCGAUGCAGGUGUUGUUCGGCCUCCUCUAUUUCGUCUUGAUCGUGUGCAAUUACCCCAAGCUCCCCGAUGGCGCCGCGAUCUCGCCGGAGGUGUCCGUCUUCCAGGAGAGGACCCCGCUGGGCGCGUGCUGCAGCGACAGUGCCUCUUGCUCCAUCAUUCUCCAGGCGUGCCUCUGCCCAGCUCAGCGGGCAGCCCACACGAUGGACGCCGUCGGCAUCUUGGACUACUGGCCUGGCUGCGCGCUCAUGACCCUCAUGCCAUGCUGCACGCUCUGGAUGGUGCACUCUUUCACCGACCUGCAGGACAAGCUCGGGGCUCCCAACGACGCGGCUGCCUCCUGGACGGCCUGUGCACCAUCUUCUGCAGCUGCCCCGUGAUCGUGCAGGACGCGGUGGCACUGGACAUGAUCACCGGGGCCAGGACCAGAGGACGUCGAUCUGCGGCGUGGAGCCACCUCCUCCGACUGGGGCGGACGCCGCGGACGUGGGGCCCGGGGAGAGUCAACCACCUCCGACCGGGGCGGACGCCGCGGGCGCGGGGCCUGGGGAGAAUCAACCACCUCCGACCGGGGUGGACGCCGCGGGCGCGGGGUCUGGGGAUAGACCCCGCAGCGCCCAAGUCAUGUGAGGAAGAUGGAGCUGGUACCGUCUAUUCGUGUAGGCAUUUUUCGGAUUAUGUCGAGUAGUUGGGAUGUCCCAAGACGUCGAAAAGCAACUGGGACACUGGUUGAUGUUGACACUCGAGAGUAGAUUGGAACGUGCCGCAUCAUGUGAGGUUUGGUGUGCGAAACUGUUUGGAACUGUUGUGAACCUAGCCGCAGCCCAUACAACUUGUACGUAGAGUCCAGGAUUAUGAAACCAUAGUGGUCGCCUGCUGCCAACGGUUGCGGAAGAACAAGACACAAACAGUCUUGCCCAAAGUCCCUGAUCGGAGGUGUGAUCUCUGGUAGGUUCGUCUUGUCCGCUGGCUUACCCAGUAGGCUGUUCUGCGCUGCGUUGCGAGGAGUAGCAUCAGCAGCAAGAGAAGGAGUGAUGGAAACCAUGAGAAAGCGG